CCUCAUCGCAAUAUCGUUGCAAUAGAUCCCUGUUUUACAGACACCAUCCUAAGUUCAAUAUCGACUCAUGUCUACCUAGACAGGUACCCAUGGAAACCCAAUCGCACAAGAAGCGGCCACGGAGUUCCAGCAAUGCUUCGACAAGCAGUCUCUCUGGCUCUACAGAGCGACCAUUGAAAGCUUGCAGACCCCAGCGUGGAGAUAUACCGACUGAUGUGCCCAUCGAUCAACCGAAUAUCAUACAUCGGGUGAAAUGCUCCCGCGCCAGCGAAUACCAUUCGGAACAUCCUCUAGGCGCAUGCUAUCUCGAUGUUCCAGCCUUGCCUGCAAACGGAAACCGUGCCACUGCUCUCCAUGGCCAGAAGCCUUUAUUGGACGUAGAGAGCUAUUUAGCGGGAUGGAUCGAGUUCAAAUUCGUGGUUUACCUUGAAUACGACUGCGAAGCUUACCAUAAGCGCAUUGAAGAUAGAUUCAUGCGCCUUCCAAUGCCCUCGAUGCCUCACAGUAUGAGUAUUCAAUCCAAGCCUUAUUUCCAGAUUCUACGGUACGAUGGACCGCCGGCGAAAGCGAAAUCCGAGUGCAUACAGCUAUCAGAAAGCCUUGAGAAAGCGUUGUGCGCGCUACGCGAUCACAACAAAGAAACAUUCGAGGAAUGGAAAUUUAAAGAAGUUCACGUUUAUCCAUACCAAAAACUCUAUCACUUUCGGAAUAUGUGCGUCGAACCUUCGUUGCAAGCACCAGGAUGGCAACACAACAUAGAGAUAGCCGCAUUGUUCCAUUACCUGGCAAGACGCUUGUCAUCCAGUUACGAGAAAUUAGCAGAGCUUGCCGCUGCGGGAAUGGCAGAUCAAAAGUAUUGGGCGAUGCUUUUCCAACUAGACGACAUAGUCGUAACGACCCACAAUGGCCAGUCUCGAGCAUUCAUGGUAUCAUCUUGUCAUCUAGUUUACCAAAACACGUUGAUCAUGAAUUGCCGGUCGUGGGAAUACGAUGGAAACUUCUUUCGAAAGCAAACCACCCUUUCACAUGUUUGGCCUUCUAGCUCAGAGCAGAUCCAAAUUACGGAACUUCCAGUGUAUCCUCUCCGCUACGCAGCAGAUGGAGUGGAGUCCGAAUUACGAGACCGAGGCGAAACCUUCUGGGCAUGUCGGCGACAAAAGUACGUAAACUACAACGUGCCACUUCAAGGCCUUGGCUCACAGUUGGCUAAUUUGCGGUAUAUGGUUGACAUGGAGGCUUACAAGUUAAUGCACGGCAGCGAUGAUGACCCAACAACUCGCAAUGAGCUCAGUGACGAUGCAAUGGAGAGUGACAAGCCUCCCAGCAGCUCUUUCACCCUCAUGUUACCUGCUACGAUACACGGAUACGGGUUUCAUGAUAAGAAGUGGAAAGUUUUAUUUGUAGAACACAUCCGAGAUAUCAAAUGGAACAAGGAGGUUUUUGAGCAUCAACUGGUUCUUCAAGAAGGCAAGAAAGAGCUAGUAAAGGCUUUAGUUUCAGUGCACAUUGAGAAGGAUGAUACAAUUGGAACCGACUUCAUGGACGGUAAAGGAGAAGGACUGAUCGUCUUACUUCACGGUGGGCCAGGGACUGGCAAGACUCUAACAGCAGAGAGCAUUGCAGAACUCGUUGAACGUCCACUAUACAGAGUCACAUGCGGUGACAUUGGCACAGAUGCCGAGAGUGUUGAGAAAUAUCUUGAGUCAGUCUUGUACAUCGGCAGCAACUGGAAAUGUGUCGUCCUGAUGGAUGAAGCCGACGUGUUCCUGGAGGAAAGGACUAAGUUGGAUAUGCAGCGCAACGCUCUCGUGUCUGUAUUUCUUAGAGUUCUGGAAUACUACAACGGAAUCCUCAUCCUGACGACGAAUCGUAUCGGCACCUUCGACGAGGCUUUCAAAUCUCGCAUCCAACUUGCGCUCCACUACCCACCACUGGAUAGAGAUGGCCGUUGGGAGGUCUGGAGGAAUUUUGUCCAAUCGCUGUCAGAAACUGGAGAGAACAUCAACACGGGAGAGAUCAGCAAGAAGCUUGAUAUCCUCGCACGACAUAAAUUGAAUGGUCGACAGAUAAGGAACACGGUAAACACAGCUCGCCAGCUGGCGCGUUACAAGAAGGAAACGAUACGCUAUGCACAUAUUGACCAAGCGAUUGGAGUGGUCAAUGAGUUCGAGAAGUACGUUACCGACGUACACGGCCAUGAUGAUGAGGAGUAUGCGCAGGAUCAAGGCUUAAGGAACGAUCAAGCCUUGCGCGAUGUAGACUGAUCAAGGUUCCGCCAUUCACAAGCUUGUUUCAUAUCUUUCCCCGUCUUGUUUCAUCCUUUGCUAUGUCUCCUGUUGCGGGGUUGACAAUAUCGGCCUCCAUCGAUAUUGCGGGAUCUGGGUCAUACUCGGAUUGAACCUGAACUUCCUCUUCAUGCCCAUAUCAUCAGAAGACUGCUAAGAGAGCUGCUCAAUUUGUCACGUGGACGUGAUCUUGACAGUGGUCCGCAAAUCUUCAAAUUCGGUGACCUUGAUCAACUGUCGGUUAAAGAUCUCAACUCCAGAUCUGACUUCUCACGUAGCUGGGCACGUGGAUUCUGUUGGUGCCAUACCCCGUUGUCUUGUACCUUGAUCCUGGCUCCCUAAAGUCUUUUGAGUAGAGGAAAUUGAAAUCGUGAAUACUGCCCCGAAGCAGUGGUGUUGAUACUGCCAGUCGUAU